AACUAUUCCUCGUUCUGCCUGAGCAAUCAUCCGGUACAUAAAAGUUUGUGGUAUGGGCGAGCGCAAACCUUCCCUACUGUUUUCUGUGACCAUCGACGAGGUAUGAACCGCUGCUGGGUUGUUUUGCUGCUACUUUCUUUAUACUCCAGUGAUGCCUACAAAUUCCUCGUCUACUCUCCUUUAUUCGGCUAUUCCCACACAAAUUUCAUGGGAGCUAUAGCAGAUACACUCACGGAAGCUGGACAUGAUGUGUUCCUUUGUUGCAGACUGUUCUCAUGCCGAUUAUGGACGCUUGAGGAAGGGGCUAAGACUGGAGUAAAGCUGACAAAGAAAAUCAUCAAAACGCCCAUAGAUCCACGUGUAGAGGAGAUGAUGAGAUAUAAGUCAAUUAUGCUCAGCCACAUGUGGACAAUGCAGCCAAGUAUUUACGGGCUCAUGCAGAUGGCAAAAAACAUGACGGCUUCGUUCACCUACCUCUGCGAACGUAGGUAA